GAGGGGAUACCCCGGCUCCAGCAUGAGGACUGUGUGAAAGAUGUGCGAGCAGGCAGCGCGCUACUGCAGGGAGAGCGUCCACAAGAUCCUCCACAAGCAGCAGCCGCAGCUCCGGGGGCUGGACGGGCUGCUCCGCUGGAUAGUCACCAAGAUGAGCGACAAGAGCAUCCUCUCGGAGCGGGAGCUGCCGCUGGAGGGGCAGGCGGCCGCCGGGCAGGGCUUCUGCCCCCCGGAGCAGAGGAAAGGCACCUCGGUCAUCCUGGAUAUUUUCAGACGCGCUGACAAGAAUGAUGAUGGGAAGUUGUCCUUGGAGGAGUUCCAGGCCUUUUUUUCUGAUGGGACUCUUAAUGAGGAAGAACUUGAAAAGCUCUUUCAUACCAUUGACUCAGAUAACACCAGCAAUGUGGAUACAAAGGAGCUGUGUGAUUAUUUUGCUGAUCAUAUGGGAGACUAUGAAGAUGUUUUGGCUUCGCUGGAGACCCUUAACCUCUCCAUUCUGAAAGCCAUGGACUACACCAAGCGGGUGUAUGAAAGAGGCACCAAUGUGGACCAGUUUGUGACCCGUUUUCUAUUGAAGGAGACUGCCAACCAGAUCCAAUCUCUGCUGAACUCUGUGGAGAGUGCGGUUGAUGCCAUUGAUGAACAAACCAAUCAGAUCAGACACUACCACAAUAAAUCUGGCCACGGUGUAAUGGAUACUUGGUAUGACAACCCUGUGCCUACUUAUUCCCCCAAUAACAGAAUCGUGACCAAGGAACACAGGAAAAGCCUCCAGAAUGGUUCUUCAGACACCAAGGAAGAAGGGCUGGAAGCACAGAUUAAUAGAUUAGCUGAGUUGAUUGGAAGACUGGAAAAUAAGACUCUGUGGUUUGACCUGCACCAGAGACUGUCAGACAGCGAAAGCACAGCUUGCACAUAUCUCUUUUUGGUACGGAAUGAGAUGACAGUUUCCCAGAAGCACCUUGGGGAAUUCUGCAGCUCCCUUAAGCAAUACCUGAAGAAUGUGGCAGGACAGAGAGACUGUUUCCAUGUAACUGCAGUGAGGCUCCCAGACGGAGUCACGUUCAUUGUCUAUGAGUUCUGGGAGUCUGAGGAAGACUGGAAGAGACACUUGCAGAGUGCUCCCUGUAAAGGAUUUCAGCAUGUGAAAGUGGACACUCUGGUUCAGCCUGAAGCAGUUUCCAGUGUGUCUGUGCCAGCUGCCUGGUGCACUCUGAAUAGAGACUGAGUCCUCGGCCAGCGUGGAGUAAACCAACAAGGUGAACAGUGGCACUUCCAGGCUCUCUUGCCUUUCUGUCCAGUGAAUUCUCUCUCCCUUCGCAGAAGACUAAACUCCUGUCUUUUCUAAUGCCUUUGUUACAGGUGAUGUCUUUUGAGUUCACUACUAACCAAGAAUGUCAGCAAUGUAUUUGCCAGGUGUUUGAAGUGAAGGAAAAAAAACCCACCCCACCCCUAGAAUCAUAGAACACUAGCACUGGAAGGGACCUCGAGAGGUCUUCGCGUCCAGUCCCCUGCCCUCACGGCAGAACCAAGCACCAUCACUGACUUAGUUCCUAAUUGCUCCCCUCCAUGCUUGGAAUGGAGCAGAGUCUGCCUGCCUCCUGUCCCCAACAGCCCCAUUGCAGGGAUCCGUGGGUUUUGAAUCUGCCCAGAUUCACUCGGCAACCGUAGGCAAGUUGCUUAUCCUUCUUGUGCCUCAGUAAAGUGAGGAUAAUAGCACAGCUUGGUUGGAACGUUCAAACCUGACAGCCAAAAUGUAGAUCCCUCCGUAGAAAGGGCCUCGUUUUCAGGAGUGCUGUAGCUGCAAUGAUUCCAGCUGGCAGAGCUUCAGCAUUUCAGAACAGAGUAAGAGAGUGACAGACAAGAUCAGACUGGAGAGGGGCCAGCCCCAGGGCACUCCUUUAAAAGAGUCUCAUCAUCAACACUGUUGUUUGUUUCUUUGCCUAGCAGUUUUGUAAGGAAACAAAUGAGAGUGUUGCUGUACUGCUGCAGGAGUUCUCACUGAGGUUUCAAUAGUUCACUGCUGCAUAGCAUACCAGGCCUUCCUGGUGGAGUGGAGGAGAUGGUCUGCCACUGCCUUAGAACUAGAUACAAAGGAUUCCUCAUUUCACCUUGUGUAGAUUUUUCAUUUGUUCAUUGAGUUUCUCCUUUAUAUUCUGGCUGCUGAAAAGAACAAACUGCCUUUCUCCUCCUCCCCUUCAGUCCUACCUCUUGGUUCCACAACUAGUUUCCUUCACGCUAACGCCAAUGCAUGCUAGAUAAGCCUUGAUGUACUAUAGAUGCCUUCUGGCUGUAGAAAGUAGCAAUCUGUUUCUUUGGUGCAUUUUGUAUUUGUUUUUAUUAGGGACAGAAGCAGGGAAGACAAUUCUUUGGGAUGCAGACUUGCUUAUUUCUUCACUUUGACUAUAACAUUUGAUAUUAUUCUACCUGUAUGUUAGAAAUCAUCUGGCUCUGAAACCAUAGCACACUGUAGGAUGUAUGACAUGUAAGAAAUUUAAUUUUAGGAUAUGUACAGUUAAGUAAUACAGAUACCAAUAAAAUAUAAUUGGGAAAUGAUGCUGGUUUAUUCUAAAU